AUGGCGAGACGAAGGAAUGUCCAUGGCCCCGAGGGCGGCCUCUCUGGACUGCCAGAAAAAGAGGAGCUUGAGCCUCUCGAACUCCGCAAGGACGAGAAGAUGAGCCAGCAUUCGAAAUGGCUGAUGCUGGCGCUUGCUAGUGGUGCAUUUGCUGCUAUGAAUGGGCUCUUUGCCAAAUUAACUACGACCGAGCUUACUACCAACAUCUCGCGAGCAAUAUCGCACAUAUUCUCCCCGUCAAAGGAGACCACUUCCAUUGACGUAGCAGUGGAGUACCUCGUUCGAGCAGCCUUUUUCGGGCUGAAUCUCCUCUCCAAUUUUAUUAUGUGGACGCUUUUUACUCGCGCCCUGACUGCAUCUCCAUCAACCACCAAGGUGACCAUCACCAACACCACUGCAAAUUUCCUGGUCACAGGUGUAUUGGGUAUGCUUGUUUUUAGAGAAAAUGUAAAUGCCCAGUGGUUGAUCGGUGCGGCUCUGAUGGCUGCUGGGUGUAUUAUCGUUGGGUUGCGAGAGAACCAGAAAGAAGACGAGGUUUCUGGAGCCAGUCCUAGUGUGAAUGGAGAAGAUAUAGGACUUUCUGGAAAUAGAAACUCGGAUGAGGAAGAUGAUCUAAUUGCCCUCGAGGAGGACUAA